CUAUCGCGAUAUCCCCUUACAUCAUUCCAUACGCCAACUCUAUACUUUUGUCAGCUCGUGGAUUGCACUGAAAGAAAGCGCCAAUCCAACCGAUACAUGAAUAUCCAUGUACCUACCUAGGUAGGUAUGUACCUGUUACCCCAUUAUUCGAUAGAGUUCCUAGGCGCAUCAGGACCUACAUAAACUUCCUUUUGUCCCCGCGAGUUAUGGAGUUGGGGAAACUUUAUCAUCGAGGGCCUUCAUUGGCCCAUUAGACGGCCGAUGCCGACGAGCGGCAUUACGCCAUCGCUACAAGUGGACCUCCAUCAUGAGAUAUGCAACUUAUCAAUCAACGCCCUGUAGAUGUCUAUAUAUUCAACUAGAUCGUCGAUGCCCUCAAAUUAAAAUUCUAAAUACUUAUGUAUCUACGCGCUCUUAGGAAUAUAUGCGCUUGAAAUGAAAUACUGACCAUGUCGUUCACCUCGGUCCCGAUCCUGGAUCUGGCUCUGGCUAGAGAUCCACAGACAAAGCCGCAGUUCCUAGCCGAUCUGCGACAUGCCUUGAUGGAAGUCGGCUUUCUGUAUCUUAAGAAUGUCGGCAUUCCGGAUGAAUUAUGGGAUCAGGUCAUAUCGGAAGGCAAGGCCUUCUUCGACAUACCUAAGGAAGAGAAGCUCAAAAUCGAAAUGAAGAACGCGCCCUCCUUCCUCGGGUACUCGCAGCUCUCGGCCGAGAUCACAGCAGGCAAGAUCGACCACCGCGAGCAAAUCGACCUCUCGACCGACCACCCGAUCCCGCCCCCGGGCGCCCCGCUCUACGCCAACCUUCAAGCGCCGAACCAAUGGCCCUCCGAAUCCGUACUCCCCAACUUCCGCAAGGCGUACACAGAAUACAUGCAACGCAUGGGCGCCAUAUCCCUCGAAUUCACAUCCCUAAUCGCCGAGGCCAUCGAGCUGCCCGCCGACGCGUUCGACCGCUACUUCGACGCCGACCAGCAGCACAAGCUGAAGAUCGUCAAGUACCCGGACGUAUCCGAGCUCGGGCUCGGGCUCGGGCUCGGGCUUAACGGAGAAGUGGUGGAGGGCCAGGGCGUCGGCCCCCAUAAAGACAGCAUGCUGACGAGCUACCUGCUGCAGGCGAGCGACCACCGCGGGCUGCAGGUGCAGAACAUGCGCGGGCGCUGGAUCGACUGCGCGCCCGUGCCGCGCACCCUCGUCGUGGCCAUCGGCCAGGGCCUCGAGGCCCUGACGCGCGGCGUCUGCGCGUCGACCACGCACCGCGUGCUUUCGCCUGCCGCCGGCGCCGGGGCCCGGUUUUCUAUCCCCUUCUUCCAGGGCGUGCGGCCGAGCACGACGUUCGAGGAGCUCGAGGAGGUCGGCGUGGGUCCGGUCCCCGAGGGCGUUAGGAGGCUGCGCGAGAAGGUGCUCGAGGAGAAUGGGGGGAGGCUUGAUGAUGUGGAGUUUACGUUUAGGAAGGGCGGCGUGGCGAGGACUUUGGGAGAGGCUACGCUGAGGAAUAGGAUUAAGAGUCAUCCGGAUGUGGGGGAGCGAUGGUAUCCGGAGAUUCUGAAGGAUAUACGCGAGGAGCAGGCUAGGGAGGCGGCGCAGAGGCAGGGGAAGGAUGGGGGAGGGGGCGAGAGUACGGCUGCUACGACGACGGUGGCGGAUGUGAGUGCACCGGCGCAAGUGGUUGAGGCACACUGACGAUGGUGAUGCGCGCUCUCUACCUUCUAGCAUACAGCAAUUCUUGAACGAACGACAGAAAAGAAAAGAGAAAUGAAAUAAACUCAGUUAACAUCGUAUCAAU